AUGCGAUUGUGGCUGUUUGAUCCGUUUCUGUAUUCGCUGUACUUGCGAACGUUCCUAACAUGGAACUCCGUCAUCAUUCAGAACAACACAACGCCCGAACCACUACCAGGCUCGAACACCAACAUUAACAACAUCAACAACAUCAGAAAAAUCACCAACAUCAGCGCGAAUGAAGAUGCCGCGGAGUUCGUGGUACGUCGGUACCGAGACUACUACAUCAAGGCGAAGAAGAUCACGUGGGAUUACCUGCCCGCGCACGAGAAUCUCGCGGAUUUUAACGAUGACCGCUUCUCAAAGUACGUCUACAAAGAGUACAGCGACAGCUCCUUCCGGUCAGAGAUUCCCAAGCUGAGCUCGUAUGGUCUCGUCGGGCCACUGUUGCAUGGGGAGGUUGGGGAAGUGCUUCGGAUCCACUUCAGGAACGAGGCGGAAGUGCCGCUAUCGGUGCAUCCGCAUGGCGUUCGGUAUACGAAGUCAAACGAAGGAGCUAUUUACCUCGACGGCACAAACAGAACGCAGAAGGCCGACGACGGUGUGCCUCCCGGAAGUGAGUUCACGUACCACUGGCCACUCACUUCCGAGUUCUCCCCGCGCUCCGGCGAUCCCAACUGCCUCCCGUUCGGCUACCACUCGCACGUGGACGCGGACCGGGAGGUGAACGCCGGACUUGUUGGUCUACUCAUCGUCUGCAAAGCAGGCAUUCUGAACGCACAGGGUGUCCGUUCGGACGUGAACAGGGAGCAGGUCCUCUACUUCGACUCCGUCAACGAAGGCGAGUCGCUUCUUACUAGUGAAAAUCUCGAGCGUUGCGGUAACCCCGAUGAAUGCAAGCGUCUGUUCGAAAGCGGCGAUCCGGAGUUCGAGGAGAGCUUGAAAAAGGACUCGAUCAACGGCUACAUGUACGGAAACCUGCCAAAUCUCGCCGUCUGCGCCGGCGACCACGUGGCCUGGUACGUGUUUUCGCUCGGUGCGGAGCUUCAUCCGGUCAACAUCCAGGGGCAGACGUUAAUCGACGGCAUGAAAGUGUUCCUUGACGUCGAGGACUGCGGGUUGACGGACGCCGAUCAGCUGAACGGCAGAGUCCGUCGCUUCUUCCUGUCCACCGAACCGGAAGUGUGGGAUUACGCUCCUUCUGUACCUAGGAUCAAAAAUGAGGAGCACUUGGGAAUACUGGGCCCGAUCAUUAGGGCCGAGAUAGGGGAUACGAUUCAGGUGGUGCUUUUAAACAAGACACCCUUUCCGGUCUCCAUUUUUCUUCAAGGAGUCAGUCUGGAAAGCUCCCAGAAUGGUGUUCGCUCUAGAUUGCCAAUAGACGCAAGCGGAAGUACCGGAAGAACUGUCGCGCCCGGCGACAAAGGCACCUAUACGUUCACGGUGCCCUGGGCGGUUGCCCCAGGCGACGAUGACCCGGACUGCCUGACCUACAUCUACCACUCGAACGCCGACAUGGAGCGUGACGUCAGUUCCGGUCUGAUUGGUCCCCUGCUCGUCUGCAAGCCGGGAACAAUUGACCCGUUUACUGGUCAGCAGAAAUACGUCGAUCGGGAGAUGUUCCUGUACUUCUCGAGUAUUGACGAAAACUACUCCUGGUACCUGUCGGAGAACGUCGCUGCUUACGUCGACAAUAACGUUAACAACGUCAACCUCAAAGACGAAGAUUUCGUGGAAUCUAACGUAAUGAGAUCUGUCAACGGUCGUUCCUAUGGAAACUUAAAGGGUCUAGACGUUUGUCGCGAUGGUAACAUCGUCUGGCACGUGCUCAGCUUCGGGCAGACGGAGGGCAGCCACGUGGUGACGUUUAACGGAAACAACGUCGCUAUCAACGGCGUGUUUCGAGAUACCCAUGUGAUCAUCUCUGGACAAACUCUCGGCGCUUUGAUGAAGCCGAACAACGGUGGUAACUGGUCGGUCUACUGUCACAAUACCCACCAUUAUGACGCCGGAAUGACGGCCCUUUACAACGUGGACACGUGCGGGGCGAGUUCUCCCCCUUUCUACCAGGUCACGGGCAAGGUCAGGCGUUACUAUAUCGCCGCUGUGGAGCGGAAAUGGGACUACUCGCCGCGCACUAUUCAUCCGAUAGAUGGUUCUGAUUAUUCGGAUCCUUCACAUGCGCAGCAUAUUCGAGUACAAAAAGAUGGCCGCUUCAUAGGAAGCAUCUACACAAAAGCAGUUUACAGGGAGUUCACUGAUGCUACAUUUCUUCGCGAAAAGCCAAGGUCCUACGUGGAAGAGCACCUGGGCGUCCUCGGGCCGUUCAUUAAAGCGGAAGUUGGCGACACUGUGAUCGUCGUGUUCAAAAACUCUGCGUCAAGACCGUAUUCGAUUCACGCGCAGGGACUACUUUAUAACAAAUCCAAUGAAGGCAUGCUGUACAACGACGGUCAGAGCAUGAACACAGGAGACGCAGUGCCACCCGGAUCAACUUUUACGUACACGUGGAACGUGCCGAGCACAUCCGGCCCAACUAAUUUUGGUCAGAACUGUAUUAAUUUCAUUUAUCACUCCGCCGUCGAUCCGGUUCGUGAUGUGUACUCCGGUCUCGCGGGACCUAUUGUCGUCUGCAGACCUGGGACUUUGGAUGAUCAUGGUAAACGAAUUGAUUCUGUCGAGAAGGAAUUCGCGCUGCUCUUCUUAGCUUUGGAUGAGAACAAAAGCUGGUAUAUUCAGCAGAACAUCAAGGAAAACUGUCCGCAAGCCGAUGCGACUUCGGCUGAAUUCGUAGAGAGCAACAAAUACGAUUCGAUAAAUGCCCGUAUUUACAACAACGUUGAAGGUCUAAUCGCGAAAUCCGGUGACAACAUCGCCUGGUACAUCAUGGGCCUUGGGGAGAGCGAAGACAUUCACACGGUCCACUUUCACGGACAUACCUACACGUAUCGUACGGGGCAGACGCACGAAGGUGACGUCAUAGAGGUGUUUCCGGGUACAUACGAGACAGUGGAGAUGUUUGCCAAUAAUCCGGGCAUCUGGGCACUACAUUGUCACGUGGGUGAGCACAUGCGCGAUGGAAUGAUGGCAACAUACGAAAUUAUUGAUACACGUGGAGACGAAUCGCGCAAGAAAUCUCAUAAAUAUGGCGAGGAAUACUAAAAAGUGAUCUAUCUUUUUAGUUACGAACAACUGUAUUAGUUGAGGUAUUGCUUCACAAUACG